UCGGUCCCUUCGACAUCAUCCGGAAUUCGGAACAUUUUAUUUGUCUGUAGAAACUCGUCAGCGGAAGUUUGUCCUGCAGGGCGGGAAAUAUCGUGGUCUUCCCCACGUAAACAGCAUCCAGUCUGAAGCCGAAUAAGAUUCGCUACUCAUUUAUCCAUUACAUACGUUAGAUAAAUACACGCCGUUGGACUAAUUCAAACUGAAGACUGAGUUUGCGCUUCGUGGUUAACAGAAUCAUGCAAGCAUUUUUGAAAGGAACAACUGUUCAUACAACUCGACCCCUGAAGGACAAGUGUGCUUCAGGUUCCAGCAUGAAGAAGAAAGCCAAGCUUAUUCCCUGGGUUGAAAAAUAUAGACCGAAAUGCGUUGACGAAGUCGCCUUUCAGGAAGAAGCCACAGCAGUACUCAAGAAAUCACUGGAAGGAGCAGAUCUUCCAAACUUGCUCUUCUAUGGUCCACCUGGAACAGGAAAGACCUCUACCAUAUUAGCUGCUGCGAGAGAACUUUAUGGCCCAGAGCUAUACAAGCAGAGGGUGCUUGAGCUCAAUGCUUCAGAUGAAAGGGGCAUUCAGGUCAUCAGGGAGAAGGUCAAAAACUUUGCUCAGCUCACUGUUACAGGGACUCGGUCAGCAGAAGGGAAGCCAUGUCCUCCUUUUAAGAUCAUCAUCCUGGAUGAAGCUGACUCCAUGACUGCACCAGCUCAGGCUGCGCUCAGAAGGACAAUGGAAAAGGAGUCCCGCACCACACGUUUCUGUCUCAUUUGUAAUUACAUCAGCAGGAUCAUUGAGCCCUUAACGUCCAGAUGUUCCAAGUUUCGUUUUAACCCCCUUGCUGACCAGGUACAAGAAAAGCGCCUGCUAGAGAUCUGUGAGAAGGAGAAACUCAAAUACACAAUCGAGAGUAUAUUAGCACUGGUGAAGGUGUCAGAGGGAGACCUGCGGAAAGCCAUCACCUUCCUUCAGAGUGCUGCACGCCUCAAUGUCAACAAUGAGAUUACAGAACUUGACGUCAUCGAAAUAGCUGGGGUGGUUCCAACCAAGAUGAUCAAUGAUUUGCUUCAGGUCUGCUUGAAAGGAAGUUUUGAGAAACAAGAGUUUGCAGUUAGGAGCAUGGUGAAUGAAGGCUAUGCAGCCACACAGAUCCUGAGUCAACUUCAUGACUGCAUCAUUGAACAGGACUUGAGUGAUGAGCACAAGUCAGUCAUCACUGAAAAAAUGGCGGUGGUGGACAAAUGCCUGUCUGAUGGUGCCGAUGAAUAUUUGCAGCUGCUCAGUCUGUGUUCAGCAAUUGUCCCGCAAGCACCCCAGAACAACUGAAAAUGUCACACUACCAAGCAGAAACAUUCACAAAGCAAGACCAAGCAAGCGUCAAAUUCCAUUCAGCUAUGUCAGAAGAGUGGCCUGAUUGAAUUCCACAGAUACUUGACAGUAGUAUUUGUGUGAUGUGAUGCUCAUUCAAUACCAAACUGUCCAAUGAUGUCCCUUUCUUUGAUUGGACAAGCUACAAUCGUUAAUGUUCACGCUUAAUUAAUUUGAAAAGUACAAUUUUUGUUUUCAGUGUUUAGAGGAGGCAGCUGAUCAUACAGAAUUGUUAUGAUUUGGGGGAAAAAAAACAAAUGAAGCUAAUAAAAAUUAAGUCAAGGUUCAAACUA